AUGGUGCAUGCAUAUAAAAGGAGCAACGUAUUAAAACGCUACAUCAAAAUGUUUUGGUUGCUCCACAUUGCAGCUGUAAUUGCUUUCACAUAUGCGUCGGAGGAUGAUGCUGCUUACUGCCCUAAUGGUGGCUUAUCGGAAAGGGAUGUUAACGAGACACUCUUGGUCAUCAACAAUGGACGCGCGAUAUUGGCCAGUGGAAUGCAACUGAAUAAAUUUAGCGACGAUAGUUUGAAAUUGAAAAACUCCCCUCCAGCCAAACAUAUGUUUAAGAUGACGUAUGAUUGCGCACUCGAACAAAUUGCUAGCGAGGUUGUGGCCAAUCUGGACUGCGUAGAUGAUCUUUCAGGACAGGAACCUGCUAAUGGAUACUUUUUUUAUAAGUGCGGCAGACACUACCAGAAUUACGAUUUUUCGUAUCGGAUUUGGUCCUUUUUGGACCUUAUUGACACGGAAGGCUUUUCAUCCUCUAUCACCAAUCAGUCCGUGACAUAUACGAACAAUUCUGAGUUCAAUUCAAAAAUCUAUGCUAAUCUGAUGCGUGCUGAUGCUUCCAAAAUAGGUUGCGCAUAUGCCGAUUGUCCAAAGAGUUCAGAUUAUUAUGAUUCCGACUACAAUAACACCAUGUACCUUUGCAUCACCAAUCAGAAGUAA